CAGGAACACCACUUCGUCACUUCAGGGUACUAACCGCAGCACAUUCGAAAUGGCUCGCUUCCAGGAAUACCAGGUCAUCGGCCGUCACCUCCCCAGCGAGGCCAACCCCACCCCCAAGAUCUACCGUAUGCGCAUUUUUGCGCCCAACGAUGUUGUCGCCAAGUCGCGGUUCUGGUACUUCCUCGGCAAGCUCCGCAAGAUUAAGAAGGCGAAUGGCGAGAUCAUCUCCCUGAACCAGAUCACCGAGAAGCGCCCCCAGAAGGUCAAGAACUUCGGCAUCUGGAUCCGCUACGACUCGCGCUCCGGCACUCACAACAUGUACAAGGAGUAUCGUGAGAUGUCCCGCGUUGCCGCCGUCGAUGCUCUCUACCAGGAUAUGGCCGCCCGUCACCGAUCUCGCUUCAGGUCGGUCCAGAUCCUCAAGGUCGUUGAGCUCGAGAAGACCGACGACGUCCGCCGCCCAUACAUCAAGCAGCUCCUUGUCAAGGGCCUCAAGUUCCCUCUGCCCCACCGCAUCAACAAGAAGGCUGGCAAGAAGGUCUUCGCUGCCAAGCGUCCUUCCACUUUCUUCUAAGCGUGUGUCAUUUUCCGGAGUGCGGUCUGGCUGGGCAGGGACAGUAUGGGUUUCCCUCGGUUAUGCAUGCUUCGCAAAAGAAGCACACUAGGAACGAAUGAAAAUCCCUGA